GAAUCUGACUCUUUUUUUCUUUGUCAGUUGCCCUUAGGUAAUUCUUUCUGCAGGAUGAAUUAAGAGAAGAUCCUUCUUCCUUAGCAAUGGAGAGCAGUUUGCCAGCUACCAAUAUGCCAGACCCCUCAUCUUCUCCCUUGGAGAAACAUCCCAGCUCAGCCAAUGGUAAUGGAGAUUUUGAUUCAGAAGAAGGUUCAAGCUUGGAGGAAAUUGGCUUUAACUGGGGCGAGUACUUGGAAGAAACGGGUGCCAGUGCAGCUCCUCACACAUCAUUCAAACACGUUGAAAUCAGCAUUCAGAGCAACUUCCAGCCUGGGAUGAAAUUGGAAGUGGCCAAUAAGAACAACCCAGACACGUACUGGGUGGCCACUGUGAUCACCACCUGCGGGCAGCUGCUGCUUCUGCGCUACUGUGGUUAUGGGGAGGACCGCCGGGCUGACUUCUGGUGUGACGUGGUGAUAGCAGAUCUGCACCCCGUGGGGUGGUGCACGCAGAACAACAAGGCCCUGAUGCCCCCGGAUGCAAUCAAAGAAAAGUACACAGACUGGACAGAAUUUCUCAUUCGUGACUUGACUGGUUCCCGGACAGCACCUGCUAACCUUCUGGAAGGUGUACAUGCGUACACACAGCCUCUGCGAGGGAAAGGCCCUAUAGACCUCAUUACAGUUGAUUCCUUAAUAGAACUUCAGGAUUCUCAGAACCCUUUUCAGUACUGGAUAGUUAGUGUGAUUGAAAAUGUUGGAGGAAGAUUACGCCUUCGCUAUGUGGGAUUGGAGGACACUGAAUCCUAUGACCAGUGGUUGUUUUACUUGGAUUACAGACUUCGACCAGUUGGUUGGUGUCAAGAGAAUAAAUACAGAAUGGACCCACCUUCAGAAAUCUAUCCUUUGAAGAUGGCCUCUGAAUGGAAAUAUGCUCUGGAAAAAUCCCUUAUUGAUGCUGCAAAGUUUCCUCUUCCAAUGGAAGUAUUUAAGGAUCAUGCAGAUUUGCGAAGCCAUUUCUUCACAGUUGGGAUGAAGCUAGAAACAGUGAAUAUGAGUGAGCCCUUUCAUAUCUGUCCUGCAUCAGUGACCAAGGUUUUUAACAAUCAUUUUUUUCAAGUGACUAUUGACGACCUAAGACCAGAACCUAGUAAACUCUCAAUGCUGUGCCAUGCAGAUUCUUUGGGGAUUUUCCCAGUACAGUGGUGCCUUAAAAAUGGAGUCAAUCUCACACCUCCCAAAGGUUAUUCCGGCCAGGACUUCGACUGGGCCGAUUAUCACAAGCAGCAUGGGACGGAAGAAGCACCUCCUUUCUGCUUCAAAAAUACAUCAUUCAGCCGGGGUUUCACAAAGAACAUGAAGCUUGAAGCCGUAAACCCCAGGAAUCCAGGAGAGCUCUGUGUGGCCUCUGUUGUGAGGGUGAAGGGGCGGUUGCUGUGGCUUCACCUGGAAGGCCUGCAGACUCCUGCUCCAGAGUUUAUUGUUGAUGUUGAAUCCAUGGACAUCUUCCCAGUGGGCUGGUGUGAAGCGAAUUCUUACCCUUUGACUACACCUCACAAAAUAGUCCCACAACAGAAGAGAAAGAUUGCAGUUGUGCAACCAGAAAAACAGUUGACAUCCACAGUGCCUGUUGAGAAAAUACCUCAUGACCAUUGUCUAUUCCCUCACCUGGAAACCACAGGUUCUGUCAACGGGAAAUACUGCUGUCCUCAGCUCUUCAUCAAUCACAGGUGCUUCUCAGGCCCUUACCUAAACAAGGGGAGGAUCGCAGAGCUACCUCAGUCGGUGGGACCAGGCAAAUGCGUGUUGGUUCUGAAAGAGGUUCUUAGCAUGAUAAUCAAUGCAGCUUACAAGCCUGGGAGGGUAUUGAGGGAAUUACAACUGGUGGAAGAUCCACACUGGAAUUUUCAGGAGGAGACGCUGAAGGCAAAGUACAGAGGCAAAACAUACAGGGCCGUGGCCAAGAUUGUACGAACUUCUGACCAAGUAGCAGACUUCUGCAGACGGGUCUGUGCCAAGCUAGAGUGCUGUCCAAAUUUGUUCAGUCCUGUGCUGGUUUCUGAAAACUGCCCAGAAAACUGCUCCAUUCAUACCAAAACCAAAUACACCUAUUAUUAUGGAAAGAGAAAGAAGAUCAUUAAGCCCCCAAUUGGAGAAAGCAGCAUUGAAAGUGGACACCCUAAGCCAGCCAGGCGUAGGAAACGGCGAAAAUCCAUUUUUGUGCAGAAGAAACGGAGGUCUUCUACCGUGGACUUUGCGGCAGGCUCGGGGGAGGAAAGCGAGGAGGAGGAUGCGGAUGCCGUGGACGAUGACACAGGGAGCGAGGAAACCGGCUCUGAGCUGCGGGACGACCAGACAGACACCUCUUCAGCCGAGGUCCCCUCUGCCAGGCCCCGAAGGGCCGUCACCCUGAGGAGCAGCUCUGAGCCCGAGCGCCGGCUGCCCGUGGAAAGGACGAGACGAGGCCGAAGAGUGCAGGCCGCCUCCUGUGCCGAGGGCGGCGACAAGGGCCCGGCAGCCGGCCAGGACAAGGACACAGCACAGGAAACAAAGCAAGAGGAGGAGGAGAGGCUCAUUCUGGAGAGCAACCCGUUAGAGUGGACAGUGACUGAUGUGGUGAGGUUCAUUAAACUGACAGACUGCGCCCCGUUGGCCAAAAUUUUUCAGGAACAGGACAUUGACGGUCAGGCGCUGCUGCUGCUGACUCUCCCUACCGUGCAGGAGUGCAUGGAGCUGAAGCUGGGGCCCGCCAUCAAGUUGUGCCAUCAGAUCGAGAGAGUUAAAGUGGCUUUCUACGCCCAGUAUGCCAACUGACUCCACCCUCUGGGGAGGUGGCCCGUUGUCUUGGUGAUACAGUGUCUCGGGACGGGGUCCAGGACUGGAACUUUUAUUUUUCCCUGGAUACGUGAGAUGGUUCAUGCAGUCACUGGGAAGCGCGAAGCACGAAGGACCUCCUUCACCCUCCAGCCUGUUUCAUAGUUCCAUGUGUUCACAGCAUACACCAGGACCACGGCAGUGGCCGUUGGAGGGUGUACAUUAAAGUUCUGUGUCAGACCCUGCGGGAUAUGAAGAGCUUCUUUGUAUAGCCACAUCUCGCCUUUCUCCCACCCCAAAGCAGGCGGCUGCCUUCAAACAAGGUCCUAAACCAGGGCCCAUGUUUCUUUGAAAACACCUGAUGGUGCAGUUGAUGUCUUUUCAAUGUGACCGAGGAGGCUGCCUGGCUGGUAUUUUUUGCUCUACUCAUUCUCAGGCACAUUCAUAGAUGCUUUUUUGUACCGAUACACAUGUGACUGUCACCACAGUUGGAUCUUGGUGGCAACUAAUUUCUCAAACACAGCUGUAGGCAAUGUUUCAGGACAUAGCUAUAAAGAGAUGGGCUAAACCUGCGUCGCUUGUCAGAGGUGCCUUUUAAGAAGUCUGGGGGGGGUGAAGGAAGGCGGUGUGUCAUGGCGAUGAGACCAUUUUCCUUGAGUAAUGCACGCCUCUACUUGCAGGUUCUUUUAUGGGAUCUCAGAUCUCUCUCAUGUUCUAAUGGAAGUGUGACUAUAUCUGGGAGGGACUCCUUUAGUCUCUUGGGAAAUGUUGAGUUGUUUAUUGAAGGAAAAGAUUAAUUUCGGAGAGCAGGAGUGGGAAGAGAUUUGAGAGGAGCUUUUUACACACCAGCUACAUGCCCUGAGCAGAUUCUCUUUGAAGGCCAUUCUCAGGGCUCGGCCCUGGCCACUCGUUUACAACAGGCCAACGCCUGAGGCGGAGCGAGCACUGGACCUGAGUCAGGCCUGGUCUUUACCUGGCGCGGCUAAUUACUAACUGUGAUCUUGGGUAGUGAUCACUCUGCACCUCAUUCCUGCCAAGUGACAGGUUGGGACACUUAGGACUGCAGCAGUGAGCACACGUUCUCCUGUCUCCAUUCUGCUCCUGCUAAGGGAAGAGUCCAGGUUGGCCAAAAUGAGAAACAGAGUAAAUGGGGAAAAGGGGAGGUCCCCAUAGCUUUUAACUCUGUCAAUCCUGCAGCUCACUCUGGCUUUAGGUUCUUAGGACAUUUCUUGGGCAAUGUUUAUUAAAUUGAUAAAGAAAGAUCUUCGACUCUGAGAAUGGUUGGUUGUUUGUACCAAACACUUCAUGUGUGUAUGCCCCCGAGUGAUCCAAUAUGUAUAUAUUCAAACCCAGAUGGACUAUUCUCUUCUGUUAUGGUAGUUGCCCAAAUACCUUUUUUAAACUUCACGUUGUGCAGGAGUGAACACCAAAGGCAGAGGCUGCACACCUUCAGUUACUUUUUCACUGUAAUCACCUUGUUCUUUUCGCUUUGAUCAGAGUCUCAACAAUCCCACGAAUACCAUGGCAGGAGCCUGAGGUUGGGGGGCUUAUUAGCUGCUCAUACUUCUGCUACAUUUUAAGGCAGGAUUGUCAGAUUUGGGAACGUUUGAUUACUAAUGCCAAACUGUACUAACAUUCUGCCACUGUUCCAGAUGAAAAUGGAAAACAAAUAUUUUGUGGAUGAGACAUUUUCAUCUCCCUGUAGCCGAUUUCUACAGUCCAGUUCAAACAUGUGGCAGAUGCAUUUGCCUGGGGACCACUGACGGAAGGACCCCUGUCUUAAGCACGGUUGUGAGGAUGGAAGUGUCCGCAGUGAUUCUUGCUUGGCUUGCAGUCCAUUCUCUCUUCUAAGCGAAAGUUCCGACCCCCUCUCGGUGUCCCGCCCCUGCCUUCUCAGCCGCGUGCUUUUGGCCUUAAAUGCUCGGUCUUGUGGAGUUAAACUCUGUCCAACAAUUGGGAAGGGUAUCCAUUUCAAGAUCUUGGCAUUCUCCCUGUGCUGACUCAUUUAUGGUCUCUCACUGUGGCCUUUCCAAGCUCAGCUCUUUCUGUUGCAUUUGAAACUGGAAGGAAGGAUGUAGCAGCCGAAACCCAGCAAGGUGCUUGCAGCACGGACGUCUCCUUCUCAUGCCCUCUCAAGGAUGACACACAGGAGGAGGCGCGGCACUGAAGCAGAUUUCCUGGGGGAGUAUCUGGAGCUGCCCACCCAGAGGAGCUGGAAGGCUCCCGCCAGGCAGCCUGGACAAGAGCUGGCCACCACUGCUGGGGGCGCUUCCUGCUCCCCACAGGGCCAGGUGCCCAAGACUCUCCUCUCCCUGUCCCCCUCUGUGCUCUGCUUUGUGUGUGAGGAGGACACGCCUGCCACCACAGGCAGAAGGCCAGCCCUGAGUGAUCACCCUGAAGUGAUCUCAUGCCAUCUCCUGGCCCUUCUGGGAGCCAAGAUAAUGUUUUAGGAUCAAGAAGAUGCUUUUGCUCCGAGUGUUGUAAUGUCCUCCUGAACUUGGGUUCUCUGGGAAUUUCCGUGGUGGUGGGUAUAACUUCACGCCAGUAGCAACUGGGCUACAGAACCAACUGUAAGGUGGUAUUCGUUUCUCUGUACGAGCCACCUCUCUCCAGCUUCUUAGAAUUAGGGCCAGCUGCCAGGAGCAUUUUACUGUGCUGUUAACUGUGUCUCUUAGGGCAGGAAAUACUGAUGUUACACCUGUUACCGCCUCCUCCCCCAAAUACUACCACAGCCCCUAAGUCAAAACGCUCCUACAAGCAAUGCCCCUCCCUUGCCUAUUCCAGAUACUGUGAUCUCGCCUCUGUCUCUCUGAGGGACCAAAGUCCUGUCCUCUGUGUCUCUGGACCCCGCACACACCAUGCAGCUCAUUACCUCUUGGAAUGGCUGGGACGUGUGUUUCCCGUGCCCUGGGCCAGUAGACACUGCCAACCUGGGCAGGUGUAUACCUUGAGAAGCAGAAAUGCCACUUCAUCUUUAAUGGUAAAGGUCCAUCAUCACUCAAUCCCACUCGAAAUCGAAGGGAGCUUGUUUCAGCUACUAACUUCUUGACUUCAUUUGUACUGUGUUGGGAAAAUACUCUCCACAAAAAUAUAGGCAUAAAAACCUAACAAGAGCAGGGUAUGACCGGCAUAACAGAACUUACUGUGCUUUUCAAAAAACAAACAAACAAAAACAACAACA